CAAAAUUCAAUCUUUUCUCAAUCUCUCAAUCCUUUGAAUCCAUCGUUUUCUCUCAAUCCAUAUCUUCGAUUUCGAGAUAUUUCCUUUUGUUUUCGAUCUGAGGUUUUUUGGAAUCGGAUUAUCUAGGGUUUUUUUUUGAGAAUUCAACAGCCAUGGUUUACGAUUCGAUCGCCAACGCUUCCAGCCCCACUGCAGCUUCUAACCCUAAGGAAUUUGGGAAGAAAAAACGGGUGAACAGGACUGCCAAAUUGAAGCAAUGCAAGCUUGAUGUUCGUCGUGAACAGUGGCUUUCUCAAGUGAAGAACAAGGGGUUUAAGGAGGAAAAUAAAGGUGUUAUUCGUGCGAAAAUGCCUGCUGUGGACAUGCAUGCCCAAAAUGAGGGAGAGCGAUCGAUGGUGAAAUUGGUGAUCAAUCCUGGUGGUGAAGAGAAUGAUGGUUUGAUGAAUCAUUACAGUGAUUGGGAGUCGCCAUCCAACAGCCCUACUAGUCAUACCAGUAGUUUGGGCAGUAACAGGUCAGUUACUAAUUUCACUGGUAGUAGUAGCAGGAGCAGCAGCAGCAGUAGUGGUGGUUGUUAUUCAGGAAGUAUGACAGAAGAAGAUGAUGGUGAUGAUGGGUGCUUGGAUGAUUGGGAGGCAGUUGCUGAUGCUUUGGCAGCUGAUGACAUAAAAAAUGAUCAUAACCCCAAUCUGGAGUCCCCCAUGGAUGAACAUGCUCCACAGAUGGAUUCACUUAACGCCUCGGAGCCAGAGCCUGUGGAGACGAUCAAAGAGGAUCAAGAGGACUGCCAUGCACAUGCGAAUCGCCGUGCCUGGAGACCGGAUGAUGCUUUUCGUCCUCAGGGCCUGCCAAAUUUGCUAAAACAGUACAGUUUCCCAAUGAAUUCAGAGCGGCAUUAUGGUGGAGGCACUGCAUGGGGUUUUAAGAAUGUUGGGUUUGCUCCAUCAACAUGUCCAAUAUGCUGUGAAGAUCUGGAUUUGACAGACUCAAGCUUUCUUCCUUGUCCGUGUGGGUACAGGCUCUGCCUUUUCUGCCACAAGAGAAUUCUUGAAGAUAAUGGUCGUUGUCCAGGCUGCAGAAAGCAGUAUGAACAGCCUGACCAGGGGAAUGCGACUUCCAAACUCGAUCGUUGUUACAGCAUGAACCCCAGGCAUUAGGAGAAUUAUAUGCUUUCCUUGAACACGUAUGGUGGGCUUCCUUUUCGUGUGUCUUUCCGUCUUUACAUGUUAGAAACUGAUAUUAGUGCUAGGUAUGUCGAUAGACAUCAUCUCUUAGUGUUUGGGAAAUACGUUCAUGUAAGUUUGGUCUAUAGGACCAGUUGGCUGUUGGUAUGUGAAUACAUAAGGGCAUAUAGGAAUCCAAUACAUCAUUUCCACAGCAUUUCAAAUUGUCUUGUCCUUUGAGUUGAUCCAUCGUUACUAAUAUAAUGAGUGUUUAUGCU